GGGACAAAGAAGCCGGCAUUGACAGCACUUACAUAGCCGGCAGGUCGUUUAGUGAACUAGGUCCCAUUCCGUCUGAAUAAGAUACGUUGAUUUAUUUUAUUUUUUAAGUAACUCUUCCUUAAGUUAUUAACGUCAUCAUGCCUGGAUUUUCCGACAGAGACCGCGGCAGAGAUAGAGGCAGCUUUGGCGGUGGCCCUCGCUUCGGUGGCAGCAGGAGCGGAGGAGGCGGCCCCCCCGGAAAGAAAUUCGGAAAUCCCGGAGAGAGACUCCGCAAGAAACACUGGAAUCUUGACGAGUUGCCAAAAUUUGAGAAGAACUUCUACCAGGAGCACCCCGAUGUGACCCGGAGGACUGCGCAAGAAGUCGAGCUGUACAGAAGAACCAAAGAAGUCACUAUAAAAUGCAGGGACUGCCCAAACCCCAUAAUGAAGUUCCACGAAGCAAGCUUCCCAACUUAUGUAAUGGAUGUGAUUACCAAACAGAAUUUCACAGAACCAACUCCUAUCCAAGCACAAGGGUGGCCAGUAGCCCUGAGUGGCAAGGAUAUGGUUGGGAUUGCACAAACCGGAUCUGGAAAAACACUCUCGUACCUGUUGCCAGCAAUUGUACACAUUAACCACCAGCCGUUCCUGGAGCAUGGUGAUGGACCGAUUUGCCUAGUGCUGGCUCCAACAAGAGAACUGGCCCAACAGGUGCAGCAAGUUGCUGCUGAAUAUGGAAGAGCAUCACGACUGAAGACCACAUGCAUCUAUGGUGGUGCUCCCAAAGGACCGCAGAUCCGGGACUUGGAAAGAGGAGUUGAAAUCUGUAUUGCAACACCUGGAAGACUGAUUGACUUUUUAGAAGUUGGGAAGACCAAUCUGCGCAGAUGUACUUACCUGGUGCUGGACGAGGCUGACAGAAUGCUUGACAUGGGCUUUGAACCACAAAUUAGGAAGAUUGUGGAUCAGAUCAGGCCUGACAGGCAAACCCUUAUGUGGAGUGCAACCUGGCCCAAAGAAGUACGUCAGCUGGCAGAAGAUUUCUUGAAAGACUACAUUCAGAUCAAUGUUGGGGCAUUGCAGCUGAGUGCAAACCACAACAUCCUGCAGAUUGUAGAUGUGUGCAAUGACAGUGAGAAGGAUGACAAACUUCUCCGCUUGCUAGAAGAAAUCAUGAGUGAAAAGGAAAACAAGACAAUUAUCUUUGUGGAGACCAAAAGACGCUGUGAUGAACUUACAAGGAAGAUGAGGAGAGAUGGGUGGCCAGCAAUGGGUAUUCAUGGUGACAAGAGUCAGCAAGAACGAGACUGGGUUCUGAAUGAAUUCAAGUAUGGGAAAGCACCGAUCCUAAUUGCCACAGAUGUUGCCUCCAGAGGUCUAGAUGUGGAAGAUGUGAAAUUUGUCAUCAAUUAUGACUACCCUAACUCUUCUGAGGACUAUAUUCACCGAAUUGGACGAACUGCCCGCAGUAGCAAAACGGGCACAGCAUAUACAUUCUUUACUCCUGGCAACUUUAAGCAAGCGAACGACCUCGUCUCUGUUCUUCGUGAGGCUAAUCAAGCCAUCAACCCCAAGCUGCUCCAGAUGGUUGAAGACAGAGGAGGUCGUUCCAGGGGUAGAGGUGGCUUUAAGGAUGAUCGGCGUGAUAGAUACUCUGGCAGGAGAGAUUUUGGUAGUUUUAGGGAUAAGGAUAAUGAUAGAGGUUUUGGUAGUGGACCCAAGAAAGUCUUUGGUACCAAGUCCCAAAGUGGUGGAUAUGGAGGGGGCAGCUUUGACAACAGUGGGAACGGCUAUGGGAAUGGCUAUGGUAACAAUGGACAGUCAAGCUAUGGCUCUGGAAACCAGGGGGCCUCUUCAUAUGGAAAUCCAAGCUUCCCAAACCAGCAAUUUGGCGCAAAUGGUCAAGGUGCCGCCCAGAACGGCAUGAACCAGCAACAGUUUCCUUUUACCCCACAGCAGCAGCAGCAGCAACCCCAGCAAAUGGUGAGCUACCCAAUGCCCCCAGCAUAUCCCCAGUGAAAGAAAGCAAAGAAAAUGUAGAAGUAACUUAUUGAGGUGUCCAGUGUUUUUAUAAGUUCAACAUUCGUUAUCCAAACUUGUACUGUCUUCAUUUUCGUGCAACAGGGUGAAAAUGAUUAACAUAUGUUUAAACCUCUAUAAACUUGAGACUGCAGUGCAGCAAUUUAGUAAUGGUGCACUUUUUUUUCUUACUAUUUAAUUUUGUUUUACAUUCCUCCAGAAGUAACUUUAGUGUUUUUUUUUUUGUACUAGAAAAUGAAAUUUAUGAUUUAAAAGGUAAAUGUUGUUUAAAGUGACCUGUUCAAAUCUUAAAAGAAGGCAAUGCAUGGCCUUUCAAAUAAAAAGGAAAAAGAAGUA